AUGUCUACUGAUGUUAACCUUAUUCAGCUCAUGUUCAGGCCUCAGUGUUGGUGUCUACAAAAUGAUGAUAUAAUGAAUUUAGAGGGUCUGAAGAGGAUAAAGCUGAUCAUGCCUCCCAUCUCUAUGUCCGAGGACUGCCUGUAUCUCAACAUCUACACACCGGCGCAUGCCCAUGAGGGCUCUAACCUGCCUGUGAUGGUAUGGAUCCAUGGUGGUGCACUGAUUAUAGGCAUGGCUUCCUGGUAUGAUGGAUCCAAACUGGCAGCCACUGAGGAUGUGGUGGUGGUCACUAUCCAGUACCGUCUGGGUGUCCUGGGCUUUUUCAGCACUGGAGACCAGCACGCCAGAGGCAACUGGGGCUUCUUAGACCAAGUGGCCGCCCUACGCUGGGUCCAGCAGAACAUCGCCCACUUUGGAGGCAACCCUGACCAAGUCACCAUCUUUGGCGAGUCAGCAGGUGGCACAAGUGUGUCUUUCCAUGUUGUGUCCCCCAUGUCCCGAGGACUCUUCCACAGAGCCAUUAUGCAGAGCGGGGUGGCCCUGCUGCCUCUCCUUAUUUCUAACACUUCUGAGAUCAUCUUCACGAUGGUGGCAAAGCUAUCUGGUUGUGCAACUUCAAACUCAAAGGCCCUGGUGCACUGUCUUCGAGACAAAAGUGAAGCAGAAAUUCUGGCAAUUAACAAGAUGCUGCCUCCUGAGUGUAGCGACCUGAUAAUGGAAGAGUACAUGGGGGACACUAAGGACCCACAGACCCUGCAAGUACAGUACACGGAGAUGAUGGGGGACUUCAUGUUUGUGAUUCCUGCACUCCAAGUAGCACAUUUUCAGCGUUUCCGGGCCCCUGUCUACUUCUAUGAGUUCCAGCACCGGCCCAACUUUUUCAAGGACUUCAAACCACGGCAUGUAAAGGCCGACCAUGGUGAUGAGGUUUUCCUUAUCUUUGGAUCCUUCUUCUGGGGUGUCAAAAUUGACCUCACCGUAAAGGAGAAGCUGCUGAGCAGGAGAAUGAUGAAGUACUGGGCCAACUUUGCACGAUACGGGUAA